AUGAGGUUCGAUUGGGCCUGCUCCGCUGCUCGUUCUUCUCAUCGACUUCCCUUCCCUUCUCCUUCGCCGCCGUCUCCCGACCCCGGCGGCGCCGCCCCCAUCCGGCUCCUCCUCGCCGUCGAUUUCGUCUCGGAUACCAUGGCGAGAUUAGUAUCCACCGCCCUCGUAAGGGGACUCAUGAGAUCGUCCCGCGCAUCGAGCGCAGCUGCUGUUUCACGACCAGCUAUCCAGCAGUUUAUGAACUACUCAUCAGGUCUUGGCGGUGCUCCUAGUGCAAAUGGGGACUCAAUGACAACACGAGUAGCUGCUGAUCCCGAUACGCAUCAAGAUUUUCAGCCAACAAGCAAAAGUUCAGAGAUGUCUUUUGAUGACAUUGUUGCUCAGGAUAUCAAGGAGCACCCUGUCUUGAUCUAUAUGAAGGGUUAUCCUGAUGCUCCUAGGUGCGGAUUCAGUGCAUUGGCAGUGAAGGUCCUCCAGCAAUAUGGUGUCCCCAUCAGUGCUAGAGAUAUUUUGUCAGACCUUAAGCUCAAAGAGAGUGUUAAAGCAUACAGUAACUGGCCCACAUUUCCACAAGUAUUUAUCAAAGGAGAGUUUGUUGGGGGAUCCGAUAUCAUACUCACAAUGCACCAGAAGGGUGAACUGAAGGAUCUGCUUGGCGAUAUUGCACCAAAAGGCGAACAAAAUGGUUCGUCUUGAAACAAGCCAUAGUAUUCCAACGCAGAUUUCUUAGACUGGAUGUUCUUUCUCAGACAACGUUGAUUUUCCUCGCACUGUCAGUGGCUUCGGAUACGAAUUUGUGUUCGCUGUUUUGUUUGGAUCGUGCCGAAACCGCCGAAACCCUAAGCAUGUGUUUGGUUUUGGGAUAAGUGGAAUGGGUUGGAUUCAUCCCACUUUUGUGGGUUGGCAUCUCGUGUUUGGAUGAGAGGGAUGAGUUCGUUUCAAUCUUUUGUUUGGUUGAAAGGGUUGAGAAGGAUAAGAUGGAUGCUAUUUUAACACUGUUA